AGACUGGUGAAUCGCUUGACAGCAACAGUAACGACAUGGAGUCUCAGGUAAUCACCAACCCGGAUGAGAUUGCCAAACUUUUCAGAGAGCAGAGUCUUUUCCCCUCCCUGACUAGGGCUGACAUUGGACCUGUGAUUACAUCCCAGUAUGGAGGGAAAUACUGCAACAUCUAUACAGAAUGGAGCCAGCGUGACCUGGAGAGGAAUGAGAAAGUCAAGUUCUGCCGGCAGUACAUUGCAUUUCACGAUGACAAGUCUGUUGUAUAUUCAGGUCCAUCAGGAAACUGCACGGAGAUUAAGGGAGAGCUCUUGAGCAAGGACUCUCCAUCCGGUGACAUGAAGGCAGUGGUGCGAGAGUGCACUGUGAAGGGCGAAGAACAGCAGUUUCUGGAGAUCUGGAGCAGGAACAGCAAAGUGAAGAGCAUCAACCUGACAGCCCUGAAAAAACACGGCAAAGUCUAUGAAGAUGAUCAGUUUGGCUGCUUGGUGUGGUCCCACUCUGAGACGCACCUCUUGUAUGUGGCAGAGAAGAAGAGGCCAAAGACCGAGUCCUUUUUCCAGACGGAGUCUCCUGAAACUAGCCCUGUAGGGGAUGAAGAGGAGGCCAUGAGAGCAGGGAAGAAGGAGGAGGCUGUGAAGGGGGACCAGUUUGUAUUCUAUGAGGACUGGGGGGAGACCUUGGUGAACAAGAGUGCCCCUGUAAUGUGCGUCCUGGACAUUGAGGGCAAUAACAUCUCCGUCCUGGAGGGGGUUCCUGACUACAUAUCCCCUGGCCAGGCAUUCUGGGCUCCCAAUGACACAGGUGUGGUGUUUGUGGGCUGGUGGCAUGAACCUUUCCGGCUGGGGUUGACGUACUGCCCCAACAGGAGGUCUUCCUUAUUUUAUGUGGAUCUGACAGGUGGAAAAUGUGAGCAGCUCUCCUCAGACAAGAACGCCGUCUGCUCGCCUCGCCUCAGUCCGGACCUCUGUCGGAUCGUAUACCUUGAGUGUGGAGUCUACGGGCCUCACUACCAAUGUAGCCGGCUGUGCAUGUAUGACUGGUACACUAAGAAGACAUCAGUGGUGGUGGAUGUUGUCAGCAGACAGAGAGAAGAUGGCUUCACUGGGAUCUACAGCUCCUUCCUGUCGCCUUUCUGCUGGUCAGAGGACAGCCAGCGAGUUCUGAUCUCCAGUCCUCAAAGGAGCCGGAAGGAUCUUCUCUUGGUAGAUAUCUCUACAGGGAAUGUCACGUCGCUAACAGCAAAAUCAGACAUUGGGAGCUGGACUCUUCUCACUGUCAGACGGGACCUCAUGGUGGUCAGCUGCUCCUCACCCAGCUGCCCUCCCGACCUGAGGGUGGGUUUCCUGCCUGCGGCGGGGUCCCAGGAAGAAGUGUCCUGGGUCACCCUGGAGGUGGCCCAACCCCAAACGAGCAUUGACUGGAAAGUGCUGAACUUCACCCCACCUUCUGAGCAGGACAACAGCACAUACCCUGGCCUGGAUUUUGAAGCCAUCCUUCUGAAACCGAGCAAUGCCAAGGAAGGAGCCAAGCUGCCUCUGAUUGUGACCCCACAUGGGGGGCCUCACUCAAUCUUUGUGACGGAGUGGCUCCUUUCUCCUGCUGUCCUGUGUCAGAUGGGUUUCGCUGUGCUCCUGGUUAACUACCGUGGAUCCAUCGGAUUUGGCCAGGAUGGCAUCCUCUCCCUGCCUGGGAACGUGGGCAGUCAGGAUGUGAAGGACGUCCAGCACGCGGUCGAGAGUGUGAUUAAGUCCGAGUCGUUUAAUGAGCAGAAGGUGGCAGUUGUCGGGGGCUCCCACGGCGGCUUCCUGGCCUGCCACCUGAUUGGGCAGUAUCCCAAGUUCUACAAGGCCUGUGUGGCACGGAACCCGGUCAUAAACCUGGCCUCCAUGAUUGGCAGCACUGACAUUCCAGACUGGUGUAUGGUGGAGGCUGGGUAUGAUUACAGUACUGAUGUGCUGCCUGACCCUGCUGUCUGGGAACAGAUGUUGAACAAGUCUCCAAUCAGACACAUCACACAGGUGAAGACCCCUGUGCUGCUGACACUGGGAGAGGAUGACAAACGUGUUCCCAGUAAGCAGGGAAUUGAGUACUACAGAGCUCUCAAGGCUUUGCAGGUUCCUGUCCGGUUGUUGUGGUACCCUGGAAACAACCACUCCCUCUCCAAAGUGGACGCAGAGUCUGACGGCUUCAUGAAUAUUGCUUUGUGGAUGAUACAGCACCUGUCUCUAUGAAGUUCACGCCUGCAGCCAUGUGACAUGUUUGCCAAAACCUCAGUACUGAUAAUACUGUAAAACCCAAAGAUGCUGCUGUCACCAGCUGUUUCAUACUAAGGCUUGUCUGAAAACUUACUCUGUUCUCAAGGGCUUGUUGGAACUGUUGCUACAUAACUGGACAAAAGAGUCUUUUGUACUUUGAGAAAUGUACGGGUGUCUCAAUAGAGGAAAACAAUAGUCUGUGUGCAUUAUGUGUAGUACCUGGGGGAAGAUAUACUGAAUGAAGCCAGUUGAUCUCUAUUAUGCGUUCUCUAAACUGACCUGCAUUAAUGUUAAUGAUAUACUUUAAAGACAGCCAUGCUGUUUCUUCUGAUUGUAAAACUAUUACUCUAUACUUCUGUAACUUACACAAAAUGGUCACUUUCAACACUACUGAUGUGGUACGAGCAUUUUGAAAACAAAUCUUUCAAUAAAAGUGGCACUCUGUCAA